GCAGCAGGUUGGUCCUGGAGCAGAUGAGCGCAGAAUAUUUAGGCGAAAGCAAGGGGAGGGGGGAGCGCGGGGCAGGAGGAGUACCUCGGCCAAGAAAAUUAUGCAUGCGUUAGGCAAGCUCUGAGAGAAUGGCUGUGGAAGCUCUCCACUGUGGUUUGAAUCCACGGGGUAUUGAUCACUCUGCCCAUGCUGACGGAAUUAAACUGCAAAUUGAAGGCGAAGGUGUAGAAUCUCAAUCCAUUAAAAACAGAACUUUCCAGAAGGUGCCUGACCAAAAAGGAACCCCCAGGAGACUUCAGGGAGAAGCUGAGACAGCAAAGUCAGCUACAGUGAAGCUGUCAAAACCAGUAGCCCUGUGGACCCAGCAGGAUGUCUGCAAGUGGCUGAAGAAACACUGUCCAAAUCAGUAUCAGAUCUACAGUGAGUCAUUCAAACAACAUGACAUAACUGGGCGAGCCCUGCUGAGACUCACAGACAAGAAGCUGGAGCGCAUGGGGAUUGCCCAGGAGAACCAACGACAGCACAUCCUGCAGCAGGUGCUCCAGCUGAAAGUGCGGGAAGAAGUCAGAAAUCUGCAGUUACUCACACAAGGAUGAUAAACCUCAGUGGAGUGUUCUCCAUAAUCAUGCGAGCCUUGCAAGCUGGUGUCCUGUUCCAUAUGAGCAUGGCCUGUUCCCCAGAGAAACACUGACUCAUGGCCCUGCCAGAAGAGAUCCUUGGAGCACUGACAGAUUAACCGGAUCAACUGAGAAAAUGCCUAUUUGGUCAAGAUUAUGAACAUUGUGUGAAAAAAAUCUUAGUUUGCUGCAGAUUUUCAAAUGAGGUGCAUAACAUACAGUGCCAACUCGUUCCAAGUGGUCAUUGGCAAACCAUCAGCUGGACAUUGGCUUCCAGUUCUCAUCACUGUGCAUAACUCAAGUUCCCCUUGGGCUCCAUCUGUGCCCUUCACUACAAGUCCUGUUUUAGCAUGGCAACCACUGGAUUAUUUCAUUAAGUGUGCAGAUGGCAUGAUGUUCUAGAAAAAAAUACAAGAGUUCUGCAAUCUCAGUGGAAGGGUUCAAAAUAGUGUGCCCUGGUAGGAAUGUAAACAUGUCUAGAUUAUGUUAGUGACAAUUUCCAAAGGUGUUCUCUCCAACGCUGCAGCACUUUAUAUAAGAACACUACACUGAGAUAAAAUAGCACAUUUGAUACAUGUAGGACAAGUGUUUUCUCUUUUCUUUAUAAGUCUUGUCUUAUUUCUGGCUCAGACUGUCCAAAACCAACUCUGCUCCUAAUAUCCUCACAGUUGUUUGUGGUAGCUCAGUGUAAAUAUGGCCACAAUACUGUUAGACUUCACCUGUUGACACUUAACUGGAUACCUGGAUUACUUAUAGCACAAGGGGAAGUAGACCCAAGUCUGGUGACUGGAAUAUUUGAAGUCUUGCUUCUUUGUACCUAGGCACAACUUAACACAUCACAUAAGGACACUCCAUAUAGGAUGCUUCUCUUCGGCUGAUGUAUACAUACCCUUGUCCCAUAGAGGAGACCUUCCAAACAAAAAAGAGGAUGGCCUUCAUUCCAUCAAAGACCAUUGUGGAUUGCUGCCAAGGGCAGCAGGACGCAAUCUUCCUUAGUGGUUCCACUUCCACAUUUAGGAAAUCUUCCCAAGGUCAAGUGUAAGUCACAGAUCUGGAGAGAAGCCACAAAUGACCUCCACUGUGUGCCAAGAGAAGUAACACCUUCAGCCCACACACGGUUUCUCCCUCAGCAUGGAAAGUAGUCUUCCUUUUAAUACCUCCUUGAAUGUAUAUAUGACUUAUUUUUUAUUUUAAUUCUAAAAACAAAGCACAGUCCUGGGAAACUGGUCCGUUUAGUGAUGGUUUACCUGAACACAAGAGAAGUGUUCAUUCCUAUGGAUUGCCCCCUGUGAUUCAUUAACAUUUUACCCCAGAAAUAGAAACUUGGCUGAAUCAAAAACUCAGCAAAGUAUAUUAUGAGUACUCCUUAACCUAACUCAAGACCAACAGGAAUCAAAGACUAAUCUUUAAAAUAGAUGUAACAAUCUGAAACCUUCCCAUAAGCAACCAAGACAUGCCAUGUUGUCUCCAAACAUUCAUUUCCUGUCUCCACUUGUUCCCAUUCAAGAAGUGGAGAGAGCUAAGUGUGAUACAUGAGGGUGUCUCUCUACAGCAUGGCUCCUGUCAGGAUGUGGGCUAGAGAAGCGACUCCUAAUAGGGAAGUCAGAGAAAUGAUUGUUACCAUGAGAUCUGAACUUCUUCGCACCAGAUCACCAUCAGAACUAUCUAAGUCACCACAGACCAUAAUUCUCUAAGAAGCUGGGAUUGAUAAUCCAAACUCAGGCUGCCAACAUUCCAUUCCUAUGACCCAUCCAUUUUCCUUAGUUACCACAGCAGGGUUUUUGUGCCCUCCAUUCCUUCUUUUCAUUCAGCAGGCAUCUGUUGAGGGACCCAACCAUGUGCCAAGAACUGUACUGGGUCCACUCUAGUAUAUAAGGCAUAUUCUUCCUACUUCUAUUGAAUCAUUUCUUUUUUUUUUUUUCAAGGACUCUGCUAUUUUCCCAUAGUGCAAACUGAAUUGAGACACCCACACUCAUCCCCUCCACCUUGCCACAGAAACAUAGAAAAAUGUUCAUGGCAGACAGCAGGUAGAUCUCUUACCUGAAUGAGUGGGCAGCUUCAAAGCACAUAUAGAAUUGAGCUAAAUGACCAGCUAAGUUGAUCAGAGCUUCUCUCAGCAGCUCUUAGAUGUUUUCCUUGAUGCCCACCCCAGUCCCUAUAUUUCCAUUCUUUCUGUAGACAUUACUAUUUACCACUAUGCUGGAUUCUCUGAAAUGCCAAUUCCAUAACUACUCCUAAAGGCCCAGAAUUGGUUCUAAUGAAUCCUAUAAAUCCUGCCAGGUGCUGAGAUAUUAUAGCUUGGAAUUAUCAGCGAUAUUCUGAGACUCCUGCUAACACCCUUGGAAAACUGGACUCACAUUAUAGUGCAGAUGUCCACUAAAUGAUCAUGGGCUAUUGCUGCGUUGCCUUUUGUAAAAUAAUCUGAACAAUUAAAAAAGAGUUGCCCCCUUUUUUCCUAAGUCAGAGGAAUACUGUAACAUUAUUGAAAGAUAAUGGGUAAAGAUGGAAAUGGGAAAACACAAAAUGAAGGUCCUUAAAGAGCCCAGUCAAAAAUGGUGUCUCUAAAUAUGCCUUAACGCUUGGCACAACCUACAUAUUUGUACUGUUUUCCAAACUGUUGACCUCUGUUUGAAAUCUUUGUAGGUUAGGAAACAUGGUGGUACAAAAAUCUGUGCAUGCACUAGCAAAACUAGAAAAAAAAAUGAAGAAAUGAUUUUAUUCACAGCCUUCAGCUUCCGUGUUGUAUGGAGAUGCUUUGUGGGAUUGUCCCAUGGUUCCUUCUUGCUGUGCUGAGUAUGUUGGGGUUGGGGUGUGAGGGUGAAAUUUUAUCUUCCAGAAAUCCAGACCUAUCUAUGAUGAGUUUUGUUUCAUAGGUCAAACAUAUAGGGAGGUAAGGGAUAAAUUCUUUGAUAUCUAAAGACUGUAAAUCAUUGAGGAUUAAUUUUUCCUUUUACUUAAAUGUGUGCUGCCCCUUUUAUGAAAAGGCUGACACUCACAACUAUACAGGAAAGGCACUCGGGUAUGAACUGAAAUCAACAAUUACCAGGCUCUCCAGGGUGCUGAGGGGAUUAGCUCAGUUCAGAUCCAGAACUGAAUUUAAAUAUGCAGAGCAAAUCAUGCCAGUAGCUUGGGACUUGCCUUGGGAGCAAUAGGGACCCUAUCAACUUUCUUAAUGGGAUGUGUCUUACCUUUAAAUCCCCACCAUAGCUCUUUGACAUGUAUAGCCACCACUUCGAUUUCUACCUCCACCACACUGGUAAACAAGCCAGGUUCUCCCCAGAGUCAUUCUGCAACUGCCCAAACAAAGGCAUACAGUCCUCAGUAUUGAGGGAAAACGUGCCAUUUUUAACAUUGGGGGGGGGGAGGGUCCGUCAAGGAUGCCUGUGAAUAGAAAGUAAGAUAGAUCCAUCAGAUCCACCACACACACCCUAAAUGCUUUCUUUGUCUACAAAUGCCACAUAAUUAGUUUUGGAUAGCAACAAUACAAGUCUCAAGGAAGUAAAGUUUUCAAGACACCCCUAACACUUUUUUUUAAUCAAAACCUCUUCCCCACACAUUAGCAGCUUUUUUGCAAUGUUUUCUUCCCUGUUCUUUAGAGUAAUUUUUGCAACUUGACAACUAGACUUAAAGCUGCCAUAGACUUAAAAUUGUAAUCUUUGAAAGUGACAAAAAUUCCUUUAUUCUUUAAAGGCUGAUUCUAUUCAUCACCUCUCCCACGGCCCCCUCCAUCCCACUUUCUGCUUAAUGUGUGUGUGAUUUUUUUCUUCUCAUCUCCUUCUCUUCACAUAAUGCUGUAAGUAUAUUUCAAGCAUUCUAUAAAGAACUCAAACAGAAGCACAUAGUCCUCACCACCACCCACGCCCUGACUAUUAAUCCAGUCUUAAGGUUAGCCUUUAUGCCACCCAAGCAGUAGUGGGCCCCCAUUUUGAUCUCCAGAAAGUCACUCGUCCAUGUGGAUCAUUAAAACAAUGUCAGUGGAAUUAGAGAGGACAGGCCAGGAGAUAGCUCUACUGGAGCACAGCUGAGGACUCGAUUUCAAAGACAAGCAAGCCUCCUCCUCAAUCUCCUUAGAUCUGGGUCUAAUCCUGGAGCCAGAGAAAGGUCCUCUGAGCUCUGGUUUAUCACUAGACAGAAUUCCUAGCAGCUUCAAGAUAAAAGAAGGCUGAUUCCGUUGCUUUCCUCCAGGGAUGAUUGUUAACUGGAGUACAGAAUACGUCUGAAAGCUCCUGCCAAGGGAAACAGGGACCAAGUGUGCCACCUUUGUUACACUGACUAAAGUGAUGUCCAUCACUGUAGCUUCAGAGGCAAAAUCCUGGGUGAGGAUAUGGGAAGGGACACACUAUUUCCAAACCCUAAAGUGUGUAGCAUGAAAUCUAGGUGACAAAAUGAAAAUGGGAGAGACCAUCAGGCUGUCCCUGCUUCCCAUCAAAUGACCAAGAAAUGACUUCUACAGAACAGUGGAACCUGCUCAUGCAAGGUUUUAUAAAGAGGGCAUUUCAUUGACCCGAUAAGGUGGCCCUAGAACCUUAAGCACAGAAGAAUCCUCCCAUCAAAACCCCCUCCUAAUUAUUUCAAGCAUUAAAGGACACUACAAAUCUGCACUGACUACCGUUUAAGUCACUGGUAACAGGACUUAUGCCAAAUCACAAUUCAACUAACACAAUGAUGCCAAAUGUUGGUCUUUUGAUAUUCUUUUUGAUCAUAUAAAGGUUUUCAAAUUUUGAAAAUGUUAUUUGGAAAUUUGGCUCAAUCGAUUGUUUUAUUGUUGUUAAUGUUUCAAAAUCUUAGAACUUUCUAGUAGCCUUAGAAGGGAUCUUAGAAGUGAACCUUUCUGCCUAAACUGUCUAGUGUUUGAAUUUCAUAUCAGCUCAAAUGCUCAGAAAUCCAUUGAGCUGGGCAGUAGUGAUAAAUCACACAUUUUAAUCCCAGCACUCAGGAGGCAGAGGCAGAUGGAUCUCUGAGGCCAGGCUAAUCUGCAAAGCAAGGUCCAGAACAGCCAGGCCUUGAGAAACCCUUUCUGGAAAAAUCAAGAGAGGGGGCAGGGAGGAGAUAUUAAUGCCACCUUGUUCACUGUCUUUUAGGAUUUGAUCAUUUGGAUCAAAGGAAAUAAAGAAUUAAAUCGCAGUUUUUGAAUAUUAGCAUAGACAUAACUAUCAAAGGUAGAACUCAAGUUCUGAUUGGUUUGAAGGAACACACAAAUCUGUUUGGUGGAGUUGGAUUGAAUCACUACCACCCUUCUCAAGUUCUAUGAAAAUAUAUUAAAAUACUUUAUGCUGAAACAAAAAUUCUUAUUACAAUAGAUCAUUAUUUCACUUGGGAAGGAGAAACUAAUUUUGCCUCCAAUUCAAUACCUCUGCACUUUAGAGGUUGCUUCUAUCCCACCCACAAACUAAGCAUGUUCUGUGGCCUUCUCCUUAGAAGUGACCCCAGCUUCUAAAAUACUACAAAGGCCAUGAAAAGACCUUUUUAACACACUAGAUAGACUCCAUGUCAUAAAUGCAAAAAUAGGGUUUGGAAUCUGAGAAUUGUCAUAGUCUUUGGCUUGAAGAUUGUUGAAUUAAAUAUUCAUAUAUAACAAUCCAACUACAUUGGAAACUGACCACAGACUCAUGAAGCUUUGGGCAAUUUCCAUGUCUGAAUCCCAUACAUCUAUUCCAAGAUAAGCCUGUGUUUCCUCACAUAGGAGUUGCAGGGGUGAGGUGUGUGCCAGUUCUUCUACAUGUUAAAAAGGUGUCUGUUGGAGCGAGGAGCAUAAUUAAUUUGCGAGUGUUUCCACAGCAUGCACAAAGCCCUAAGUUGGAUCCCCAGCAUCACAUAAACUGGUAGAGUGGUACAUGCCUCACAUGCCAGCACUUGAGAGAGAGGCAAGGGAGAACCAAGAGUUCAAGGUCAUCCAGAUCUGCAUAGCAAUUUUGAGGCUAAUCUGUACUACAUGAGAUCCUGUCUCAAGAAAAAAAAUUAAUCAGUUAAAAAGACCCCUGGUUACUGAUGGAAACCUUGAAGGUCAUGUUAGUUGCCUCUGGUGGCUAUUUAUAUUCAGAUUUCUAGAGUCUUGUCUUUAAUCUUCUUUGAUUGGUUGGUUGGUUGGUUGGUUGGUUGGUUGGUUGGUUGGUUAUUUUUGAAACAGUGCUGGGAAUUAAAUCCAGGGCUCUGCCAUGCUAGACAAGUUUUCUUCUACCCAUGAGUCACAGCCGCAAGCCAUCUCUUGCAUGCUUCUCCCACUCCUACCUCAGAUCACUAGCAACCGAAGCCUUAGCUUCUGCAAGGGUUUUUACCCCCCAAGGGGGAAGUAGGACUUCUGCUUGCUUGCACUAGCACGGGACAAUGGAGGGGCUCUGCAUAGUUUAUCUGUCCUCUUUCCUCUCCCAGCCAGAGAGCACUGUGUUCUUAAGAAGGUAAUGCUGGAGGAGGCUGGUGCUCAGCUAGUAAAAGAAAUUCACAUUGCAGAGAACUGAAUAAGACCGCCCUUUCAUUUGCAUUAUGCAUCUCAGUGGUGACUAGAGCAGAAGAAACCAGUCUGCUGAAAAACCAAGGCAGCUCCAAUGUUUUGAAACUAAUUCUACCGAAACUCUUACACCACUGAAUCACACUACUGUAGUUCUAGUUAAUCCGGCUACUUAAUAUUAUUAGGCGCUAAGUUAAAUAGCUUUACAAGAAAUUUUAGAAAAGAUCAAUAUUGUAACAAAAUUACAGAUUAGCAGUAAAAAGCAUCUGAGAAAAGAAACUAUCGAUCUGUUGUGGUUUUUAUACUUAAGUUAUUCUUGGGACUUUGUAGAGAUUGGCACUUCGCUGAUAAAGGAGAAGAAACUGUUCUGAAUUCAAGAAUGGUGGACUAAUAGCAAUUGCCCAGGAGAUCUGGGAUGCUUUCUGUCCAUCAGCAAACAGGGUUGUUUGAGGAGUAGAAGGGGCUAAUAGGGAAAGUUGUUUCAUAGCACAUAUCUGUGUAUAAUUGUCAAGGCAAACUGGGUAUGGACCUUGUUAAUGAUACUAUUCCUCAUUUUUGGCUUUUUCUUCAAUACUCUUAAUAUCAAUCCUACACUCUUGGAUUAAAAGAGGAAAAGAAAGAAUGAAUAGAAACUAAAACAUGGUAUUUUAUGUGUGUGUAUGAACACACAUACACAUGAAUAGCUGUACACUCAUGCACACACACACAUUUUUUUCGAAAAUAUGGCAAGUAGCCUGAAGAGCCUUUAGUGACAGUAUCCACUUGUCCCCACUCCCCCUCUGCAAGGUUCAGAGAACAAUGACCUAGUCAGAGAUUGGUACAGGCAAAGACUACCAACCUGCAGAUUGAGCAAGGCCACAGAACAUGUGCCUUAGCAUGCUGAGGGCAUCAAGAAUUACAUAAGCAUGGUAGAUUUAUUUUUUAAUCGGGAGCUAUAGCAUGUUAGUAUUUGUUCUGGGAAAGAAAGAAGAAAAAAAUCAUAUGGUAUGAAUUAAACAGAGAGUCUAAGGGAGCUGUUCAUUGGUAGAUUGCUUGCCUAACACAUGUAGGGUCCCCAAGGUUCAGUCUCCAGCACUACAAUAAUGAAAUGGAGAAAAACAUCCCACCCUAAAGAAUAACACAUUCUGAGGGAAGAAAUGUGAGUUUUUAAAAAAAAGGGUCAUUCUUUGACCAACGGUGACUAAAAAGCACAUUUUAUAACAUAAUAGUCUAUGGAGAUUGUAGACAUUAUAGCGUCCUUAAGUACAUCAUUAAAGAAACAGUCUUAACUGUGUUGGUCUUCCAAGGCUUUUUCAUUAAAUAGGAAUUCCCUUAUCCACUACCCACAAUUGUUCUGCUGGGCUAGUCUUCUUCUUUUUCUUUUCUUUUCUUUUCUUUUCUUUUCUUUUCUUUUCUUUUCUUUUCUUUUCUCUUCUUUUCUUUUCUUUCUUUUUCUCACUUGUUCCUUUCUUUCUUCAUUUAUUUAUUUAUUUUUCUCCAGAAAGGGUCCCAGGCCCAGACUUAGAAAGACACAACAACAACUUUCUGUGGCGAAAGCAAGAGUGCCUUUUCCGUUGGAUGUCCACAUUGCUCCCGGGCUCCACGGUUUCGGAUGUCUAGAAACCUUUCUUCUCUAAACAUAAGACUUAUUGUGCACCACAAUUUUGAGCCACCAACUUAUGUAUCUUGAGCAGCUACCAACUUGCCAACUCCCUUUGGGUCUCCUUUAUAUUUUCUUAGAAUAUUUCUUUCUAUUUUGGGUUUUCUUCAAGAAGACUGGGAAGGGGCAUGAUUCUUUUUCAACUGAUAAGAGUAAAACUGUACAGAUUUCUGCCCACUUGUAUCCUUAAGCAUGAUCUCUAUCAGGCUUGAAAAUCAGCUUUAUCAUUUUGUAUAUUUGACUAUUUUGUAUUCGGCAUUAUUCUCUUCCUUAUAUGCAUGGCAAUGUAUUAAAAUGUGGGA